ACCCCACCUAACCUGACCCAACGCUUGACACAACCACCACCAUGCCGCGACAACAAAGUGCUCAAUCAACUUCUCGUGAAAGCAGAAUAAGUCUUGCUAUAGCAUCCUAUCAUAAUAAUAAAAAACAGCCUAUCCGUGCGCUUGCGAAAGCGUAUGACGUACUAAAGUCAACUCUGUAUACGCGCAUCCAUGAUAUCUAUAACUUUAACGAGACUGGGUUCGCUAUGGGCGUCGCUGGGACGUUAAAAGUAGUUAUAAGCUCUGAAAGAGUUGGUUGGGCAGUCGUCGUACAGCCAGGUAAUCGCGAGUGGGUAAUAGUUAUCGAGUGCGUUAAUGCGUCUGGCUGGUCUUUACUACUAUUUGUGAUUCUGUCUGGUAAAGUCUACUAGAACAGCUGGUAUCGCGACCUCCCCCUUGACUGGACUAUCGGCGUCUUAGAUAACGGCUGGACGAUAGACGAGCUUGGUGUAGAGUGGGUAAAGCAUUUUAAC